AUGGAUUCGAACGAGAAGAAAAAGCCCAUAGUCAGCGCAGACAAAUAUCAACAAGCUCGUGCUGUCCUUCUUCAACAAGAAAAAGAAGCUACACGAUUACUUCAAAGGCUAGCCACUUCACGCCGAGAACUACCUAUGGUGCAAAUAUCCAACCCAGAGCAAUUCCAAUUCGACACUCCAGACGGCGAAAAGAAUCUCAAAGAUCUGUUCGACAAUCGCAAGCAACUCAUUAUCUACCAUUUCAUGCUCGGUCCAGAGGAGCAUCGCGGAUGUGUAGGAUGCUCUUUUUGCAUGGAUCACAUCCCUGAUCUCGGUCAUCUGCAUAGUCGGGAUACCUCAUUUGUGGGUGUCGCUACUGCACCAUUAUCAGAGAUCUCUGCGUUCAAACAGCAGAUGGGAUGGAAGUUUCCAUUUUAUAGCUCUGCCAAGACUCAUCAGGCGUGGAAGAAAGCUGAAGAGGAGGGCGAAGUGAUUACUUGGAAGCCUGGGAAUGGGUAUUUUGGUCUCAGUGUUUUUAGGAAAGAUGGUGACCAGGUUUUCCAUACCUAUGAUACUACAUCUCGGGGGAUGGAAAGUAUCUUGUCGACAUAUCAUCUUCUGGAUAUGACACCAAUGGGUCGGCAGGAGGUUGGGAACGGGAUGGGUACUUUCAAACUUCAUGAUGAAUACUAG